AUGACAGGAGCCAUCGAAAUCAAUCUCAAUGACAUAGAAAUCGAUCCCGAGUCUCUUGAAGGCGUCAUGGACGUAUCUGAUAACCCUCAGGUGUUGGAGUACUUAAAGUUUAAACAUAUGCACCAAGAAAACUUUCUCAGGGAUGUUGCCAAUAAAGGGUUGAAGAAACCAGAACGUACCACUCAACCUCCACCUCCACCUCAACCUCAAAGGAGAUCAAUGAAUUACUGA